AUGUCCCUCCAAGCCCGACUUGAGAUCAUGACGAACGACACCACGGCACUCAUCCCAGUCAUCGGGACCGAACUGGUGCCGCCAACAACAGAGGGAUGGGCCGUUAUUGCUUCUGGACUGGUUCUCGUCGUCGUAACGGCACUGUGGACGUUCAUGCGGGGUUGGAGUCUCAAGCGUGACAGCCGCGCCUUCUUCGCGGAGGAUGGCUUGAACAUCACGGCCACGGUGCUAUUCUAUGGGCUGGUAGCUUCGAACAUCGUAAUGGUGCUGGCAGGCGGAAUGGGCCAUCCUACAAGCGAGUUGCAGCCGUGGCAUCUCGUUCGGCUCUCGAGGGCUGCUUACGCCAACCAGUUCUUACACGUCACCAUACUGGGUCUGGUCAAUUUCAGUAUUCUACGGACAUUGAUACCCACCUUUCCUGGCCGUCGCUUCAGGCUCAAUGCGUACUGCGUCAUGGGCUUUUAUAUUAUUUGGAUGAUUCCCGCCAUACUCACCAGCCUUCUUAUCUGUCGACCGACCGAGAUGAACUGGAGUCCUCGUACCGCCGAUGGUGCAUGCGGCGACCAUGUUGCCGUCCUUGCAGCGGUGGAAAUAACUGACAUUAUAAAGAACCUGUUGGUCCUCACGUUUCCCGUUCGUAUGUUAUGGAGGUUCAGGAUGCAGUGGCGGUAUAGAGUCGGCAUCGUGUGCCUGUUCAGUGGUGGUAUCCUAAUCACGGUACUUGCUGCAGUCCGACUGUACACUUCACUGCAAACCGAACCCACCGAUACAGCAUAUAAUGUGGUUGCGAUCACCAUUUAUGGCGCAGUUGAAGUCGGCUUGGCAAUAAUGGUCUCAAGCAGCUUUCUGCUAGGGCCCGUGUUUGACCGAAUAGUUGAGGCGCUGCUCCCAAUGGCACGUCGGCGGGAGAAGAGCGACGAUUCCUUAUUUGGCACUGUCGAUGGCGGGAGCCGCAAGCAAGGCUUCACCCAGAUGCGAGAGCCGCGGGAAGAUCUGGAGCUGGGCAAUAUGGGGGCCCACCGGGCCAAGCAGCACACGGAGGUGACAGUGGGGAAACGUCUAUCGCUGGACGACAGCUCGGUCGACCUCAAGAUGGGCGAUGAUAGCUCGGUACGGCGGAUUGUGGUGACUAGUGAAACCAUCAUUAGGAGGGAUAAGGGCGAGCUUUGA